AAAUGAGCCAAAAUUUGUUGGAUCAAUAACACGGAUUAAUAUUUGGAAGCGUGCAAUUGAUUUUGAAGCUGAAAUUCCAUCAAUUGUUCAUCAAUGUCAACAAAAGCAGGUUAUCUAUGAUGAUCUUAUCUUACGUUUUGCUGGAUACACUCGACUUUCUGGAAAAGUUGAAAAAGUGGUGAGAAGUACUUGUGGACGAGAUUAUAGUCGUCAAUCUAUCAAGAAAAUGGAAGUUCACGGUUGUCCGUCGGAUAUUUUUGUUAUUUCAUAUCAAAAAGAGAUAAAUAUCACAUGGCAAGAACCAGUAUUUACAUCAAUCAAUGGAUAUGUAGAUGUUAAAAGAAAUCUAAAACCUGGUCAGGUAUUUACAUGGGGAGAAUAUCUUGUGGUUUAUCUUGCUAAAGAUGAUCAUUCUAUGGCUGAUUGCAUCUUUAAGAUUUAUGUAUUGCGUGAAUUUUGUCCUACAUUACAAGAUCCAUUACAUGGUAUCCAGGCUUGUGAAUCAUGGGGUCCACAGUUACGUUAUAAGGCAUGUUCCAUUGAAUGUGAAAAUGGUUAUGAAUUUAGCAUUGAACCACCAAUUUUCUAUACCUGUUCUUCAGAUGGUCAUUGGAGACCACGACCUAUGAAUGCAUACACAUUCCGUUAUCCACAAUGUACUAAAGCACAUCCUGCUGUACGUGUUGCUGAAGUGUCCAUCAAUUAUCCUACCGUAUCAAUAUGUAAUGCAGCAGGACGAAAUACAUUAGCUGAAAAACUUUCUCAACGAAUUGAAUUAUUAAAUAGCAAAUGGAAUAUCUAUUCUAUUAGUAAUAUAAGUGAUUAUUCAACUUUUAACAUAUCGGUGCAAUGUUUUCCUGGAAAUGAAGAAACUACCGUAACAGCAGCUGAUACAAAUUUAAGAUUACGUCGUGAAGCGCAAAAUUUUUUCAACGUGAAAGUUUCCAUACCAAUUACAAAUGAUGUUUUGGAGAAUCGUAAAACAGGACAACGAGCAAAAGUAUCAGAUGUAUUAGAGAGUGAAAUUCUACUGGAAGAUAUAUUUAGUUUGGAACAGGUAAUCCCAAAUGGUCGACCGGAUUUGAAUAGUUUCGAAUUGAAAGAACGGCAUAUCUGUGAAGUAGGAACUGUUAACCGUCGUAAUCUAUGCGUACCAUGUGCACCGGGUUCAUUUUAUGACCUGACAACACGUACUUGCAAAUUAUGCAUGACUGAUGAAUAUCAACCUCGUGCAGCACAAACCUCUUGCUUACCCUGUCCUCGAGGAUAUAUUACAACUGCUCCUGGUUCAUCACUUUUAACAGAUUGUAAAAAUUCAUGCGAAGCUGGUUCAAUGUUUAAUAUUAGCAGUGGUUUGUGUGAACCAUGCGGAUUUGGUUUCUAUCAACCAACAUCGGGAGCUUUUACCUGUAUCCCUUGUGGUGUCGGAAAAACAACAUUGAAAGAGACAUCAACAACUGAAGAUGAAUGUCGUGAUGAAUGUCCCGAUGGUGAACAUUUAACACAAGUUGGUGUUUGUCUACCAUGUCCACAAGGAACCUAUCGUACACGUGGUGUUCACAAAACUUGUGUUGAUUGCCCAUCAGGUACCACUACCGAAGGAACUUCAUCUGUUCGUCGUAUGCAAUGCAAUACACCGAAAUGUUCUGCGGGACAAUUUCUUGUUACUACUACCAAACAAUGUCAAUUUUGUCCUCGAGGAACAUUCCAGGAUGAAGAAAUUCAAACUGUUUGCAAGCUUUGUCCUACUGAUCAUACCACUGCUUCCCAAGGUGCAACACAAGCAAGUCAAUGCUAUUCAACAAAUCAAUGUGCUACUGGUGAGGAUAACUGUUCAUGGCAUGCAGUAUGCAUUGAUUUACCAGAUGAUAAUGAUAUUCCAUCUUAUCAGUGUAAGUGUAAACCUGGCUAUAAAGGAAAUGGAACACACUGUCAAGGUAAUAAAUAA